AUGGAAGACAAGUCACAGAUUAAGAUCAAGUUCAUCACACGAGAGGAUAACCAGGAUCUUCACGUGGAUGACAAGCCACUGUACGUUCCAAUCUCCUUGAAACGUUAUGGUCUUUCGGAGAUUGUGAACCAUCUCUUGGAGACAGAGGUGCCAGUGCCAUUUGACUUCCUCAUCAACGGCACUCUUCUGACCACUUCAAUUGAAGAGUAUCUGAAGGAACAGGCGUUGUCCUCUGAGGCGUUUCUCACGCUGGAGUACACCCGUUCUGUGCUUCCACCAUCAUACCUUGCAUCUUUCAACAAUGAGGAUUGGGUCUCGUCGCUCGACAUUGGCUACGGCCGGAUCCUCUCAGGUUCGUACGAUGGGAUAGUGAGAACUUGGGAUAUGUCUGGUAAUAUUCAAAAGCAAUACGCGGGCCACUCAGGAGCUAUUAAAGCUGUGAGAUGGAUCAGUGAGACCAGGAUCGUCAGUGGUGGUAACGACAGACAACUGCGUCUUUGGAAGGCCCACUCUGUCAACGAUGUUAAUGCUAACGAGGAUGACGACGAGCCGGAAGAAGGGAAGACACUGGCCAUCUUGGAAGGUCACAAAGCUGCUGUAAGCUCUCUCGCUGUGAACGAUAACAGAAUCUUGAGUGCUGGUUACGAUAACGCAAUUGGAUUCUGGUCUACAAACUACAAGGAGAUGACAACAGUAGAUCCAUUGGAGGACGCUGCAAACAAGGUCACAUCAACAGCAGCUAAGAAGAGAAGAAAAUUGGCUCUGCAGGACGCCAGUAUCAGAAGAAGAGCUCCAUUGGCAUUCAUGGAGGGGCAUUCACAGCCUGUUGAAGAUGUCCAGUUCGCCCAUGACGAUAAAACUGUCGCCUACUCUGUAUCACAAGAUCAUACAAUCAAGACCUGGGACCUUGUCACUUCUCGUGCAGUCGACACCAGAACUACCGGGUUCUCACUCUUGUCAAUGACACAGCUGGCCAAACUGAAUCUUAUAGCAUGUGGUUCAUCAGCACGUCAUAUUACACUCCACGAUCCACGUGUUGAUGCUGCCACGAUCUCCCAAUCGCAACUCAUUGGUCACAAGAACUUUGUCGUGAGUUUGGAUGCAAGUCCUGUUAACGACUACAUGUUGGCAUCUGGUUCUCAUGAUGGAACUGUUAAAGUGUGGGAUGUUAGAGCGCAAAAGGCAUUGUACACGAUUACAAGAGAGUCUGGUGAAAAGGGCAAGGUCUUUGCAGUAAGUUGGGGUGAGCCAGGCAUUGUCAGCGGUGGUGAAGACAAGAAGAUCCAAAUCAAUCAGAGUGUUGGUCAACAGUAA